AUGGCAAGCACAGUGGGCAUUGUAAUUAUCGCCGCCGCCCAAUCUGUGGCAAAGGCCUUUACCAUUGGUUUGGUUGGAUAUGUUUCCGUCAAGUUCCCAAAAGACAACCCGUUUCUACCUCAAAAGCUCGUGGGAACAUUCUCUAGAUUCACCUUCCACACUCUGAUGCUUUCGUUGAUAUACGGAACAAUUGCAAGAGCGAUAACCUUGGAAUCAAUAGGGGACUACUGGUAUGUUGUCGUUGGGGCAUUUUUUGUGUUGGGAAUCUCUUAUGUGGUGGCAACGAUAAUGCAAUGUCUCAUUCCGAUUGCAAAUGUAUAUGACUUUCGGGCAUUAAGAAUAUCUGUCACCUUUCCAAACAUUGUGGCUCUCCCAAUUCUGAUAUUCCCAUCUCUCUGCGAGUUCCCUUUGGUCCACAAUGGUUACAUGCGAGCGCAGUUUGGUGACGAUGGCUUGAGUCCAGAAGAAAUGGAAGAAAAAUGCGUAGAACAAGCAAACACCUUGAUAUUUUGCUACUUUUUUGGAUUCAUGUUUCUCUUCUGGGGCGUUGGUUAUCCACAACUCAUUGGGGCUGCACAGGAGAAAGCCUUGGAAGCUAGCAAUGCCAGCACUAAAUCAGAAGAGUCUCGCCAAGAAGAGGAACCUCCUUCGCAAACAGAGAAUAGUCACCAAUCACCGUCCCCUGUAGGAAUUGAUGCAGGGGAAGCAGAUCAACAACAGAACGAGGAGAACUCUGCUAUCGGCGAUACGAGAGCCAAAGACGACCGAGGCUCGGAAGAAAAUCGAUUUGGAGUAUUCAGCAAUACCAUCAAUGCAUGCAAGAAGACCUUUACCUCUCCUGGCUUCAUUGCAUCCAUUUUGGGGUUCAUAACAGCAUGCAUACCUCCUCUACAACGUGCCUUGUUUGAAGCAGAAGCACCAUUGCGUUUCCUUGGCUCAGCUAUCGAAGCUCUUGGUACUGCCAGUUCCUCCAUGUCCACCAUCAUUGUUGCGGCAAGUUUGGUGCCACCCAAAGACGAAAGUGAUUCAGCUAGAGAAGUCAAUACUAGCCACGAGAAUGGUAAUGUAGGAGACUUAGUGGCUACACCCACGAAUGUGCAAGGCGACAGAAGGGCCAGAAUAACGUCCCUUCGGCAUUCCAUCAGUAGCCGUUCGAUCCGAAUGGUCAAGGCCAUGACUAGAUCAACACCAGAAAUGCGACGUCUCUAUCUGUGGUUUUGUCUAUCAAGGUUAGUUGUGGCACCAGCUUUUGUGGUAGGCAUCGUUUUGGCGUUGGACUGUGGUUUCCAUGUAUUGGAUCCUGUUCCCAAUUUGGCACUUCUCGUGGUUAUCGUAAACAGUUGCCUUCCUGGAGCAUCGAUAAUCGUGGUCCUUUUAAAGUCUCAAAUGGUGCUGGAGGAAACCGCUACUGUCGUAGCAAAGGUUUACUUUGUAUGCUAUAUUGUUUGCAUAUUCACGAUUGCUGCCUGGACAGCUGUUGGUCUGUACAUUACCAUACCGGAUGAAGAUGGGAACACAUUCUGUAGCCGACAAUAG